AGAAGACGAAGGAAACGACGUUGGGGUGCAUGCAGCUGCUAAUGCUGCUAGCUUGUGGACAGAGUAGUGUUGACAGAAAGACUCAGCAUGGCGACACCUGUGUCUGUACUCCGCCUGCCCAAAGGACCCGACCCUAACAGCCGCGGAUUUGACCCGAAAUCACCACGUUUCAUUGCUCUCUGUCGCACCUCCAUCUCCACUUCAGCUGCCUCAGAAGACGACCCUGAGCAGCUGCAGAGAGAGCAGCAUGCACGGUCUGUGCUGAGGGAGAGUUUUCUCCGGUGUCUGCUCUCUAUGACCAACAAAAAGGUUGAAUUUCAUAUGUAUGAGAAGGUGAAGGUGGAGGCCACGUUUGGAGCGUCUGACAUCGAUGUGCUGAACUUUCAGGUGUCAGACUUGCACACUCCCAUCGGGGUGCAGAAAGAGGCACUUAUCAGGUGUCAGGAUGUGAUUUCAUUUACUUUUAAUGUAUGAACACCUGAGGAUUUUGUUUCCUGUCUAAACAGAACAUGCCAUUUUGGCAUAAGAGGCACUCAAAAAUCUCAUUUGUUGUUUGCAAGUGGGAUCUACUUUCUCAUUCUGUGAGAUUGUUUAUAGAACCAUAUAUUUUUGCAGAUCGGAGUGGUUCUACAUUGCUAUUUAUGUCCUCUCUGUAUUGUUCAUUAGAUCAUGCUGAUGUGACUGAGCAUUCAAAGAUCCAACACCGACAAGCAGUCCCCCUUUUUCACCACAAGAGGGAGUCCUAUGCCCAUGUUUCAAGAUAGACAUCAAAACCUGACAUGAGAGCACUAGGAUUGGAUGAUGCUAUUGAGAGUCAGAUAUUGGAUGAUUUUGACAAAGUGUUGACCAAAAUACUGGUGAUGUGGUGAUAUUUUGUUGAGGAUUACUAGUGCUUUCAGAAGGCUGUAGAACCAAAUGGUAAUGCAGCUUUGAAGACCAGGAAAUCAAACAAUCAAAGCAAAAUUUCUAAAAAUGUCUAGCACUGUAUCACAAUUUAUAAGUGUCUUCCAUUUCUGCCAUAUACCAUGAGGCAAAAAGGAACAUUUAACUUUUUUUUUUGUAAACUAUUUUUGUAUUUGUCAAUUUUGUAUUUGGAAAAAUGACUUUGUUUCAGUCAUACUAGAGUUGUUUUUGCAAACACCUGGAAAGAUGUAUGCCUCAUAAAGACUGAUGUUGCUAAA